AUGCUUUUGGCUCAGAAAUCCGGUGGUUUCGGGGAAGAAUGGGCCCCAGCUCUUGAAAUUGUUCGAAAACUGUUGGAACGAGAGGUGAGUCUUUACGAUUAUUGUGUUUUAUGUGUUUAGAACGUGUCCAAGAUAGAAUGGCAGGAUCUAUUUGCAAUAAGCAAUCGAAUAACAUCAUGGGUACCGAAUGGCAGCUCGUUAUUGUUGAGGGCGCUGGAAGAAGUGCUUCGGAAUCAUGUUGAUAAUGCUGCUAAGGUGAGAUUAUUGGUCUUAAAAGCUGCGGAAAAGAAGGAUGAAUGUUAUGAAAAGCAUGGAAUAGGUUUUCAUAUGGCUUUUGUGUGUUUUUGGACAAGAAUUAUAUUGUCAUAGGUUAACAAAGCAAAAUCGUGAUGUUUUUGAGGAAAUUUUUGUGUUUUAUGUUUUGGAAAGCUUAAGAAAGUAAAAAUACAUGGUUUAGGUAUUUUGGUUUAGGUUUCUUUGUUAUUUCUUGAGUUAUAGCUAAAAAUUUUUAGGAUGUUACACUUUGGUAUUUUUUCUUUAUUUUUGUGCUUUGAAAAGGUUACUUCUAGAUUUUAUGCAUACUGUGUUUAAAAACCGUUAAAAGCAAACUAUUAUAGAUAAUUUUGAGUUAUUCGUUAUAUCAAAACGUUUCAACUAUGUUAUAUUUGAUGCGCAUUUUAGUUUUAGCCUUAUUUUCUUGAUAUUUUUGGAAAAAUUUAAUUGAUAAUUGAUUAUGUUUUAGAGAAUUCACCAAAACCAAUCUGAUUCCGAGCUCUUAAAAGCCUACGUUUACGAAUGGUCUAAUUAUUCAGUGUUGAUCAUUCAUCUCCCAACUCCAUUUGCCUUCAUUGAACGAGGCGUGAACCGAACGCCCAAUGGAGUAUCACGGACGGAAGGAAGACAUGCAGACACGUUGUUUACAGUACGGAAUGUUAUGUAUACAUUGUGGAAUGAGACUGUUUUUGAAGGAAUUCAUCAACGACUUUUGGCCGCUGCUAAUCAUUUGAUCGCCGAGGAGCGUAAUGGAAAUGCCAUAACAAAGUCAGAGUUGGUGGUGGGGGUUAGAGAAGGCUUUGUCAAUGCUGGUCAUGGAGAUACGUCUUCGUUAUUGUUGUACAAAAAGUUUUUUGAAACUCAGUACAUUAAUUCAUUGCAACAGUUUUACAAGGAAAGGGCUUGUCAGGUAGGAUUUUGGGUUUUUUUGGUAGAUAGAAGGGUUUUGAAAUGUAAAAUGAAGAGUUGGGGUUAGUAUUUUGAAGUUGCAGCAAAAAAAUGUUUAAAAAUUAAUUUUUUAGGUAACAAUUUUUAAAAAAAAAUAUACUUUACGUAACAAUAUUUUAAAAAAUUAAAAUUUAGAUAACAACACUAACUUUAUGUUACUUCAGGUUCUAAAAGAUGGUGGUAUAUUGCAAUACAUGGCCUACGCCUAUAAGAAGGUGCAAGAAGAGGAGGAAAGAGCGAAAAAAUACUUGGACCCAUCAUCUCAUUCGCGGUUAGGCGAAGCUACGGUGAAAAUAUUGGUGGUCGAUUAUUUGGAAGCUUUGUUAGCUGAAGGGUCGGCUUUGAUUCAACAGAACGAUGUCGAAAGUAAGUUUUUGCCGUUUUUAUUUUGGUUUUUGAGUUUUUAUAAAUUUUUAUUGAUAAUGAGGUUGUUUAUGUUUGCUUUUUUACUGGAAACGCGGAGUUUAAGAAAUUUGUUACUUAAAAUGAGGUUUUUAAUGAAGAACGCUUUAUUUUAGUUAAUUUUAGGUACGCUUUCUAAAGAAAAAUAUAAUUUUCUUUUUAUUUGGAUAAUAUACUGCUAUUUAAGGGUUGAGAAUGCUGUACGGAUUAGUGACAAAGCCGGAAAAUGGAGUCAAACCUCUAUUGAACACAUUAGCUGAACAUAUUAAGAGCGAAGGAUUGAAAACCAUGAAGGAAAAUGCUCAAACUAUUGUUAAUGUAAGUGGAAUUGCUAGAACUUUGUUUACAGAAUGAAAAAUGGCAAGAACUUUUUUUACAAAACGAAAAACGGCAAGAACUUCUUAACAAAGCAAAAAAUAGCAAAAACUUCCUUUACAGAAUUAAAAAUGGCAAAAACUUUCUUUACGAAAUAAAAAAUGGCAAAAACUUUUUUUGCAAAACAAAUAAUGACAAGAACUUUCUUUACAAAACAAAUUCUGGAUCAUCGUAUAAAAUGUUAUCCCCGUACUGCAAAAAAUUUAAAAAAUUUGUUUUUAGGACUCAGAAAAGUACGUAGAACAACUGCUAGCAAUGUAUGAACGAUUCUCAAAGCUAGUCCACGAAGCCUUCUGCGACGACUCAAGAUUCCUCACCGUCCGUGACAAAUCCUUCCAAGAUGUCAUCAACAAUACCGACGUUUUCAAGCUGGAACUGAUUGGGGCCAAGCAUCGACCGAACCGCUCAUCUCCAGAAUCGAAAUGUCCCGAGCUACUGGCCAAUUACUGCGACUUGUUGCUGAGAAAGUCGGCGUUAAGUAAGAAGUUGACAUCGGAAGAGAUUGAUGAACGACUGAACAAGGUGUUAUUGUUGUUGAAGUACGUUGGAAGCAAGGACGUGUUUAUGAGGUACCACAAGAACCAUUUGAGUCGAAGGUUGAUAUCAGAAUUGACUGCCGAUCAGGAGAAGGAGGAGAAUUUGGUCAAAAUGUUUAGGGUAAGAUAGUUUUUUGGUGAAAAGUGAAAGAAACUUUGUUUACAAGGUUUAAAAUAACAAGAAUUUUCUUUACAGAAGAAAAAAUGGCAAAAACUUCGUUUACAAAACAAAAAACGGCAAGAACUUUCUUUACAAAACAAAAAAUUCCUUUACAGAAACUAAAAAUGCAACAUAAGUUCAAAAAAUUUUUAAAAAAUGUUUUCAGGACAAUGGUAUGCCUACGGACUAUGUCAACCGCCUCUAUCGUAUGUUGCAAGACAUUGAAGUAAACAAAGACCUAUCAGCCGCAUUCAAAAAAUCAAUCGGAGCCAAUAACAAUAUCCGAGGCACGGCCGAAAAUGUCAAUCUAAAGAUUCUGAACGCCGGAGCCUGGGGCAGAGGUCGAGAGAAGGCGCAUAUCACAUUACCUCGCGAAAUCGACGAUAUCAUACCAGAGAUUGAGGACUUUUACAAGAAACAACACGUCGGCCGUAAACUGAACUGGGCUCAUUCGUGGUCUACUGGUCUUAUUGGAUUUCAGAAUGAAGCCGGAAAGUUUGAUUUGGAAGUGUCGGCACAUCAAAUGGCCGUUCUAUUUAUUUGGAACGAUCGGCCAAAGGAGAAGUUGAGCUACGAAGCGAUUCGAUUGGCUACGGAGCUGAGUGAUCCAGACUUGAGACGGACUUUGGCUGUAAGUGACUUUUUAAAUAAAUUUUAUUUUAUAUAAGAUAUUGGUAUUUGUUACCUAAAAAGCUGAGUUUUGAAUUUGCGGGUAAUAAUUAUUUUUUUUUGGCGUGUAAAGAAAGUUUUAGUAUUUUAUGUGCUGUAAAAAAAGUUCUUGCCAUUUUUUGUUUUGUAAAGGAGUUUUUGUUGUAAAAUACGAGAAAACUAUUAAUAUGUCUGUUUAAGAGUCUACUCCUCAACCCAAAGAUCAAAAUGCAAGUUCUAGCAACGGACUGUCAACAACCCAAUCCUAAGAACUUUACCGACUCCACCCUUUUCUGGAUCAACCAAAAGUUCGCGGUCAUCAAAAACGACAAACCCCAACUCAGAGGCCGAAUCAACCUGGUCAGCCGACUGAUCAUAGCCACGGAGAACGCGGCGGAAGAAGAACACGAAGACAUCCUACGGCUAAGAGAGUAUCGUACUCAAGAAGCCGUCAUUAAAUGCAUGAAAAUCCAUCGAACCAUCAAUCAGAUCGAUCUGUACAACAAUGUGAUGGACGUACUGAAGAAUAUGUUCGUACCAUCGAAGAAGAUGGUCAAGGAGCAGGUGGAAUGGCUGAUUGAACAACAGUUCAUAGAGAGGGAUCCGGCCGAUAUCAACAAGUUCAACUACUUGUCUUAA